GCGGGCUCGGGUACCGCCGCGUGAUUGGCUGCUCGACCGGAGACCUAGGCGCUGCCAGAGGGACGGUCCCGCCGAGCGGAUCUCGCCGCCCUGCCUAAUGCACAAGCGUCUCCGCCAGGGACCCCGCCACUACCUCCCAGUACAUACGGGAGAUCGAGGCUCUGCAUCCCCCCUCGGCACCGCCCCCUUCAGAGAACGGCCAAUAGAAGACGCCGCCGUGGAUGAUGGGCAGGAAGCUGGACCUCUCGGGGCUGACGCACAAGGAGGCGGAGCACGUGCUGCAGGUGGUGAAGAGGGACAUGAUGCUGCGCAAGAAGGAGGAAAAGCGCCUGAGCAACCUGAGCCAGCUUCCCAUUGGCUGAGUGUGUAUGGUGCCUGCAGUGUCGCUUGGGAUCCUGAGAGCAUCGUGUCAGUUGAUAUGAGACACCUUCCUUGCCCGGAUGGAUCUCUGGCACGAAGAGAGCUGAGGCGGGAGCUGGCUGAGGAGGGCAGCCGCUGCCUCCUGCUGUCCAGGCAGGAGCAGUUUAACCAGCGCUGCUGCAUGCGCUGCUGCAGCCCCUUCACCUUCCUGCUGAACCGCAAGCGGGCGUGUGGCGACUGUGGCUACAACGUGUGCCGGAGCUGCGGCAGCUACAGCGCUGAGGAACGUGCCUGGAUCUGCACCGCCUGUCACAAGGCCAGGGCUCUCAGGACGCAGUCUCUGGAGUGGUACUACAGUAACGUCAAGAGUCGAUUCAAAAGGUUUGGAAGCGCCAAGGUACUGAAGACUCUGUACAGGAAGCACGUGGUGGACCGCGGGGUUCUGUCGGAACUCUUAGACGGCAGUAUCCGUGCCAGCAGCUUCGACGAUGCCAGCACCUGUGCCAGCGACUCCACUUCCUGUCGGCACAGCAGAGACCACAGCAUGGCAGAGACACUGGGCGUGGCCCUGCGGGUCGCCGAGGAGGCCGUGGAGGAGGCCAUCGUGAAGGCAGAGGAGUACAGCGACAGCCUGGAAAAGCAAAAUGAGGCCUGCUACCUCCGCGACAACAAGGAAGAGCUAAUCGAGGAACUCGCUACUACAAUCGUGCAAAAAAUCAUCCGGCGGAGGAAGCAAUCGGGGAUGCAGGUGGAGCAGGGGCCACUUUGGCCUCUGGCUACGGGCGGCGGGCCCCCAUCUCCUCCCCCCUGCCAGCAAAGCCCCCCUGCCCCCCAGGCUAGCCAGAAGACCUCCUGUUCUCUCUGGAGGUCCAAAUCCGUGUGCUCCCUGAUCAGCGACGAGCUCCACGCUAAGCCGACAGGCCACAUGCAGCUGACCAGCCCCCCCUCAGGAGACGCUCGCACGGGGGUCACCCAGUACAGCUCCCUGAGGCGAGACUCCCGCGCCUCCCCCAUGACUGCCUGGAAGAGCGUUGACCGUCUGGACAACUCCAGCCCGUCCUCCAUGCUGCAGAGCCCGGAUGGGAACUGGAUCGCCCUGCAGAACUCCCAGCUGGGUCGGCCUAGCUUACUGACCAAACGCAAGAGCCUGGUGUUCAGUGCUCUUGAGAAGGAGUCCGGCGUAGCCUCAGCCUACGACGACAUGGGCUCUGAGAGCGAGACCGGCAACGACCAGGCGGAUUGGGUCGCCGCCCUGCAGGAGUUCCGCCGCAGGUUGUCUGAUGAGACAUACUAUACAGAUUCGCAGCACGACCCUGAGUGGACCUACUCACGGCGUCCACCUGUCACCUCCCCGUCAUCUGGCCGCUACACCAACACGGAGACCCUGAACUCAGACUCCGAGACCUCCUCCACCCCUCCUGGCCACGAAGCUCCAUCCCGGCACCGCACUUCCCUGCUGGGGAACCUGAAGAAGAAGCCCCCUGAUUCCCAGCACCACCCACAGCAGGAGGCCCUGGAUGUUAACCUGAACCCCCGGGCAGCAGGUGCACCGGGCCCCGCGGACAGCAGUGAGGCGGAGGAUAGGCAGGGAGACCCAGUCAGGAAAGCACGUAGGCGCAAGAGGAGCAGGAGGGAAGCGAUCGAGCCGACCUUCCGGAACCCGCCAGCACAGUACUCCUCCACUGCCUCGGACUGCAGUGGUUUCCUACCCAGCAUCCUGUGCAGACGGAGCACUGGGCAGGAUGGUCCAACUGCAGCCAGCCAACCAACCACUGUGACCUCAGACGCUAUGGCAACAAUCCCUAGCUCUCUAAGCCACGACAUCACUUCCAGCUCCCCCAGCACGCCUCUAGAGACGAAGUGGAAGAGCAAGCCAUGUGUUCCAGUCAGCUGUGGGGAAGACAAGAAGUCAAGCUCGUCUGAGGAGGACCUGCUGGAUCGGGAUGCGAGAGCGAGGGGGAGGUCACAGAAAAGUGAUGAAGGGGGACAGGACCACAAGGAGAAGUCUGAGAAAGUAGAGGAGAGGAAAGAGGACAGGUUACAGGAGAGAGUGGCUGUGAAAGUGGAUGAAAGAUGGAAAGAGGAGGCAAUUUCAGCUUCAAGGGAGAAAGGAGCAAGUGAGAAAAAAAGGCCAGUGGAAAGGGCCAACAAGGCAGGGAAGGAACCUGGAGAGCUUGUAAACACUAAAACCAUAGAAGAGAGCGCCCCCCUCUGUUCGGAGGACCAACCAUCAGCUGAAGAUAACCUCAAAGAAAGACAGGACAGCCUGGAGUGCCAACAGAGGCUGCAUUUCCUCUCUUCUGUAUUACAGCAGAAGUACUCAGCGGCCUCUCUGACCAGCAUUACAACAGAGGUGCUGAAGGUGCUCAACAGCACGGAGGAGCUGAUUGAGGAAGCGGCUGGUGAAGGCCCCACCCCCAGUCCUGCCCCCACCACCCCAGGCACCCAAUGGCUAGGCGAGCACCUCACCAAACUGGAGGAGAACGUGUACCUGGCAGCCGGUACAGUGUACGGGCUCGAGGGAGAACUGGGAAACCUGGAAGACUGCGCCCGUGCCAUCCAGACCGUCACCUCUGAGAGGGAGCUGGCCCACCUGGAGGAACGGGUGGCCAGUGCUGCCGCUCAGGUGCAGCAGUCAGAGAUGCGGGUAACUGACAUUGAGACAAGGAUCUCAGCCCUGAAGAACGCCGGCUUGAACGUUGUCCCCUGUGACCGCUUCUCCAGGUUCAAGCCAAAGCCAGAAACCAUAAGCUCAUCAAGACAAUUAAGGAGGAAGCUACCGGCCCCUCCGACAAAAGAUCAAAGCGGUUUCCCGGAGUUACGCUCCCGAGCUCCGUGGCUUUAGUGACGCCAGCUCCACCAUCAGGGGAGUUCUUCAUCCCAGUGCCUUGACAGAGCAUGUGUCCAAGUGCUGCUCCACCAACACUCCUCGGACGGACCUCCUGUACGGGAAGAGCUGUGCGUUCUCAAACGUGUAUUCCAAAUCUACAGGAAAAUAUAUUUUUUUACAGGCCGAGAUGAGCUGCACAAAAAUGAAAAAAUACUUCAUUGCACACCCAUACUAACUCUCUGGCAAUGAACUUCCUUACAGCAGGAAUUUAGAAUAUGACAUAAGGUGACGAAAAUACAUCGAACUACCCAGAAAUACGUUGAAAAUUGUAGCUCCAAUUUUACUCGCCUGCUUGAUCGGUAUAUGUUGUGUAAUGUAUUAACAAAUCUAAUGCACGUGAAAGUGGCAUAACAUAAUAUAUUUUGAAGUUUGGAAAGUGUUGAAAAGAAGUGUUUUUUUUCUGGGUUUUGUGUUUUGUUUCAAAAAUACUCCCAGAAAGACUCGGGAGAGCUGUUCCUUGAAUUCCACUGAGGUAGCUUGUUAGAAAACACCAUUCUCGUCUCAUUAUUUUCCCUAAAGCAAGAUUGUAUCCGUAAUGUAAGGAUUUUGGUCUUUCCCAGAAAGUAAAAAUCCACACCAAGAUUUUGUUUCAACCAACCAAUUGAGUAUGAAGAGUCACAGUAACAGUAUUCAACUGGUUGGUUGACACAGAACCUUGGUUUGGAUUUUUACUUUUUGGACCUUAACUAUCCACCUCUGGUCUUUCCUAAUUGUAAGUGUUCCAUUCAUUCCAGACUCCGUUACACAGUUUACCUGCUGCAGGCGUGCUCGUCCUCCUCAGGCCACACCCACUUCCAGGUGCUUUCGCUCGAUAAUCAUUCGCAGCUGCAACAACCAGGUGACUUAACCUCCCUGUCUGCUGCUGCCUUUUCGCUUACUCGUUAAUUGGCCGUCUUUUACGCGGUCUUGGCAAUUUCAGUUAUUGAUUUUUUUCCUCCUUCCGGUAUUUAUAGUAUUUUAUGUUCAGUCUCUCCGUUUCGUUUG